UUCUCAAAGGGAUGAGGGGCUUCAGGGAGUGGGAGGAGGAGGAGGAAAGGAGGAGGGGUGAUGCUUGCAUACCGUGAUGUACUCUGAUCACCCUGAGUAACUGAUGUUCUGGAUUCAUCCUCGGACGACCUCACGAGCUGUGUGGAUAUAUAAGCUUGGGCACACUGCUCUUCAGAAAACAUAUUCAGACUUCAAGAACUUGACCUCAGUUCGUCGCCAAAGAUCUUGUGCCUUGACCGACUCCCCUACCCCCAACAUGUUACCCAGGAGAGAAGCCGCUUCCCGGCAGUGCGUGCUGACGAGCCGCUGGCUGCCAGCAGCUCUGGCGCUGCUUCUGUUGCUCUCCUCCAGCUUCAGCUGUGCUCACAGCACCACGGUGGAGCAUGACUUUCACAUCGUUCACAAUGUAGACAACAGAAGUCCAGAGAUAGACCCGUUCUGGUACGUGGGCCGUGGGGUGCGACCCAUAGGGCGCUUUGGGAAGAGGCACAGCAGUGUGGACGCAAUGGGAAACAGUGGGAUGCAGCCUGUCCUCAGGACUUUGGAGCUGCUGCUCAACAGCCUCAGAAAUAAGCAAAACCUUGGAAAAGUAAUCAGCGGAGAGGGAAAUGAUUGGUUGCCAUGAUGCCAUGUUCUCGCCUUCUGUCCAUAGACUUUUUUUAUGCUCGUAAAUGAAGUUGUACAUUCAUUUUCUUUUCUUGUAAGCUAUGAGGUUAGUCAUACGUGAAAAGUAAUUCUCCAAAAAGUAUUUGUACAUACACAAUGCAAUGUAUAUUGAUCAAUAAAUAACGAUGUUGUUAGGAUACCAGGUAA